AUGAUAUUACAAAUAUGGAUAGCUGUGCUUAUAGCAGUGAUAUGGCUAUAUUUACAUCGAAUAUACUCCAGAUUCAGCGACUAUGGAGUGAAACAUAUGAGAGUGAUACCCUUAUUUGGUAACAUGAUGAAAGUAAUUUUUCGCCGAGUUCAUUAUACUGCUGAUAUGGAGAGAAUUUACCAUUCAUUUCCUAAUGAAAGGUUCAUAGGAAGAUACGAGCUUUUGGCACCAACAAUAAUUAUACGUGAUCUUGAAUUAGUGAAGAAGAUCACAGUCAAAGACUUUGAGUAUUUUCAAAACCACAAAUCAUUUGUCGACGAAAAUGUUGAGCCACUAGCUGCAAGAAAUUUAUUUCUUUUGCAAGGUCAAGAAUGGAAAGAUAUGAGGUCAACUUUAAGUCCAGCUUUUACAAGUUCUAAGAUCAAGUUGAUGAUGCCGUUUAUGGAGGAAGCUGGAGAACAAAUGAUAAGAGCAUUGAAAGAGCAGUUCGCAGCUUCUGAUACUGGAUACAUAGACAUCGAUUGCAAGGAUUUGACAUCACGUUUCGGUGGCGACGUCAUUGCUUCUUGCGCGUUUGGCUUAAAAGUAGAUUCUCAUGCAGAUCCAAACAAUCAAUUUUUUGAAAUGGGUAAAGAAGCAUCUGGAUUGAAAAUGCGACAAAUGCUACUAUUGUUUGCCCUUUCUGCAUAUCCUUCAAUUGUUAAGAAAUUAAAUUUGUCACUGUUUUCAAAAGACGUUACAAAAUUUUUUAUGGAUAUCGUGCUAACAACGAUGAAAGAUAGGGAAGCACGAAAUAUCAUAAGACCCGACAUGAUACAUUUACUCAUGCAAGCUAAAGAAGGAAAGCUUUCCUAUGACGAGAAAGUCGGAAACGAUGAACAAGAUGCUGGUUUUGCAACUGUCAAAGAAUCUUCUAUUGGAAGAAAAACAGUUACUAGAGAAUGGGCAGAUGUUGAUCUAAUCGCUCAAGCAGUGUUGUUUUUCGUAGCAGGAUUUGAAUCGGUAUCCAUUGCAACAUCUUUUGCAUUAUACGAAUUAGCCAUCCAUCCAGAUAUUCAAGAGCGUUUAGUUAAAGAAAUAAAAGACGAACAUGUUAGAAAUCAUGGGAAGUUAGACUUUGGCUCUAUACAAAAAAUGACUUAUUUGGAUAUGGUGGCUUCUGAAGUUCUAAGACUAUGGCCUCCAGCUAUAGCUUUAGACAGGGUUUGUUCAAAUGACUACAAUUUAGGAAAACCCAAUGAUCAAGUCACAAAGGAUUAUAUUGUUAGAAAAGGAGAGGUGGUUUGGAUACCAGUGAGAUGUUUCCAUCUGGACCCUAAAUAUUUUGCGAAUCCAAAAAUAUUUGAUCCAGAAAGGUUUUCUGAUGUUAAUAAACAUAAUAUUAACCCCUUAACUUAUAUACCCUUCGGAUUAGGCCCAAGAAAUUGUAUUGGAUCGAGAUUUGCACUUUGCGAGUUUAAAAUGUUGUUGUACAAGAUAUUACUUCAUAUUGAAGUGUCUCCUUCGAAGAAAACCCGAAUACCCGCAAAAAUAUCAACAGAUUCUUUCAAUCCCAGAAUGGAAGGAGGGCAUUGGCUGAGAUUUAAACUAAGAAGU